AGAAAAACCCUGGAAGGAGUAGGUGUCCAAACUUUUGACUGGUAUUGUAUAUCACACCAACUGACUGGUUCUUCUGAUGUGUACACAGGAGACCGUGUUGAGACAUUCUCUACAUCCAGAGAGACACAUCAGGAAGAUCACAGAGCUAAGAGGUCUCACCACUGCCCACAUUGUGAGAAGAAUUUUCCAAUUCUAUCAAAGCUAAAAGUACACUUAAAAAUACACACAGGAGACAAUCUGUAUUCCUGUACUGACUGCGGGAAGAGAUUCACAACAUCAAGGGCUCUGACACUUCAUCAGAGAGUGCACACAGGAGAGAAGCCUUACUCCUGCUCGUACUGUGGAAAAUGCUUCACAACAUCAUCUGAGUUAACAGUUCAUCAGAGAACACACACUGGAGAAAAGCCUUACAUCUGCUCUGACUGUGGGAAGAGUUUCUCCCACCUGUGUAACUUUAAAGCACACCAACGUAUACAUGCAGGAGAGAAGCCGUUCUCCUGCUCUGACUGUGGGAGGAGUUUCUCUCAACAGAACCAUUUAAAAUCACACCAACGUACACACACAGGAGAGAAGCCUUACUUCUGCUCUGACUGUAGGAAGAGUUUCUCCCACCUGUGUAACUUUAAAGCACACCAACGUAUACAUGCAGGAGAGAAGCUGUACUCCUGCUCUGACUGUGGGAAGAGUUUCUCUCAACAGAACCAUUUAAAAGCACACCAACGUAUACACACAGGAGAGAAGCCUUACUACUGCUCCGACUGUGGGAAGAGUUUCUCUCGAUUGGAUACCUUAAAAUCACAUGAACGUAUACAUACAGGAACGAAGCGUUACUACUGCUCUGACUGUAGGAAGAGUUUCUCCCACCAGGAUAUCUUAAAAAAACACCAACGUCUACACACCGGAGAAAAGUCUUACUCCUGCUCUGACUGUGGGAAGAGUUUCUCUCAACAAAACCAUUUAAAAGCACACCAACGUAUACACACAGGAGAGAAGCCUUACUACUGCUCUGUCUGUGGGAAGAGUUUCUCUCAACAGAGCAACUUAAAAACACACCAACGUAAACAUAAAGGAGAGAAGCCUCGUCAGUUCUCUCAGACCAGCUAAGAUUAAAAUCACUCCAUCACUCAAUUUUUAUCUCAUUGCUUGACUUGGACUGAAAUAGGUGCCGGUACUGUUUUAUAUUAAGCUUCCACCACAUACAUCAUUCAUAAGUAAAUUAUCUGUUAUAGAAUAUAAAUUGGUAUGUGUUAUUCACAGACAUGUGGACUUAAACUUCAUUGUGUUCUGUGACAUUUUAAUCACUGUGUUUUAGAGAUGAUCUCUUUAUCUAUGUAUGUUUCUGUUGUGAGGUCACCACACGUCUAGCAGAUUGAAUUAGUCUGUCAUAGGUUGUUAUUCUAUUCGUAUUAUACGGUCAUUCAUCAGUUCUGCCCUACAAAGGAAAAUGUAAAACUCAAUGAUGUACUUUCUGCAGAUUCAGUUUGUUAUAUUUUCCAUGUUGUUAGAGAGUCAGGGGUUGUACAUUGUUAUUAAAAUAACAAGAAUGAUCAAAUUGCAUCA